CAGAAACCAUUCCACCAAUCAAACACGCACAAAGUACUGCUAUAAGAAGCUGAAAUAGUCCCCCCUCCCCUCCCUCCUCUCCCUCCAUCCCCACUACCGCCACCAUCUUCAUCGUCGUCAUCAUCAUCAUCAUCAUCAUCAUCAUCAUCAUCUCCUCCCAUCCUCUUGCGGAGUGCGGCGCGCGAAAGGGAAGCUCCGACGUCCCGCAGCAACGCGCAGCAGCUGAGCAGUGAUGAUGAUGAUGAUGAUGACGACGACCACGACGACAGUUGGCCCUUUGGUGGCGGCUGCCUGCUAGCGGAGGAACGCAGCGAGAGGAGCGCAGGGACCAGCGUCCAGGACUACUUCAGCAAGAAGGACAGCGAGUCACAGGGGAAGAGCGCGGCUUUGUACCGAGGAGAGAGAGAGGGGCAAGCGGCUGAGAACAGUCGAUGGAUGCUGUCCGGAUCGAAGGGGCAGCACGUUCUUCACUGACCAGGGAGGGGAAAGAUUUCAAAAUUGAGUCGAAGGAUAGAAACUCGCCGUCAGGCAUGGUGUGUGAGAAGGGGAUCCAGAUCCUCCUCACCACCGUGGGGGCAUUCGCUGCCUUCGGCCUGAUGACGGUGGCCAUAGGGACGGACUACUGGCUGUACUCCCGCGCCCUCAUCUGCAACAGCACAGCCAACGUCACCCAGGACGACCCCCACAACAAGGACAAGAAGGACCCGGGGGCGCUCACCCACUCCGGACUCUGGAGGAUCUGCUGCCUGGAAGGAGUGAAGCGAGGAGUGUGUUCACAGAUCAACCACUUCCCGGAGGACGCAGACUUUGACCACGACGGGGCAGAGUACGUCCUACGCGUGGUGAGAGCCUCCAACAUCUUCCCCAUCCUCAGUGCCAUCCUGCUGCUGCUGGGAGGAGUUUGCAUCGCUGCCAGUCGCUUCUACAGGAGCAAGCGGAACAUCAUCCUGGGAGCCGGCAUCCUCUUCGUGGCUGCAGGUUUGAGCAACAUUAUCGGCGUGAUCGUGUACAUCUCGGCGGCGCUGGGCGACAUCUCUCCGAAGAAGGACGAGGACAAGAAGUGGCAGUACUCCUACGGCUGGUCCUUCUACUUCGGGGGCCUGUCCUUCAUCAUGGCGGAGAUGGUGGGCGUGCUGGCGGUCAACAUCUACAUCGAGAAGAACAAGGAGCUGCGAUGCCGCUCGCGCACUGACAUCUUCAAGAGCACCACGCACGCCAUGCUGCGCCUGCCCAGCUACCGCUUCCGCCGCAGGUCCCGCUCCUCAUCGCGCUCCACCGACCCCUCCCGCUCCCGAGACCCUUCGCCCGUCGGGGGCGGCGUGGGGAAGAACUUCGGCCUGCCGCCGUCGGCGCUGCUCUCCCAGGGGCCCAUCUCGGUGUCCACGCUGCCCAACCCGCACUCGCGCUCCCACGCGGCCCUGGCAGGGGGCGACAUCUCCCUCUACACGCUCUCCCGAGACCCCAAACUCGGGGGUCUCCCGCCCAUGUACGGGACAGUGGACCGGGCCACCCUCUACCAGCUCCACAACUGCUUCCCUAAGGACGGCGGCGGUGGCGGCGGAGGGGGUGUGAUGAUGAGCGGCACGCUCCCCUCGCUUAAGUCCCACAACCCUUCCAACUCUUCCAACUCCAACGUGCCCAUGUCCAACUCGGUGGGCUCCGGACCGCCGCCCUUCACCUCGUCCACAGUCGACCGGGAGAGAGGGAUGGGGACUCUGGACAGGCUGAAGGGGGAGCGGGAGAGCAACUCCAACACCCUCAAUAGGAAGACCACACCGGUGUAGGGGGGUCCGUGGGAUGAUGUUCACAAGAUGAGUAAUAAUAAUAACAACAACAACAAAACUAUUUUGAUAUUUUCACCUGCUAGAAAUGAUUUAUUUUGUUAACGAUCAACAUGCAAACUAACCUCGGGCUACUACGAAAUUGUCGUGCAAUAUUUCCGCUAACUUACCUUUGCCAGCAUCGAUUGUUGUUGUGAUUAUUCUUUGCGUCAUGACUCGGGAUGGGCAUAGUCCUAAAUCCACAUACCCAGUUCCACACCAAAAACUCACCUAUUGGUUCCCAAAUAUCCCAGAGUUCCCAGUUUUCCAAGACAUGGUACCCUUAGAAAAUGAAUUUGCACUACUCCUACAUUUCUCAACCGAUUCGAACCGUUCCACCAUCCACAUUCUCCACUCAACCAAACUAACAAUUUACCAAAUUUUAAAAAAAAAAUUCCAGGGAUUCCCCAUUUUCCAAAGCCCUAUUUUACCUCGUUCUCUUUUCACUGUCCACAUUCUUCAACCGUUGUUGACCGUUCUACCAUCAGAACAUUCCUCUUAGUUGGGACAACAAAAGUUAUAAUUUUUCUUCUCGUACAAAUUCCCGAUUUUCCAGGAAUUCCGAAGCUCUUCGUGAGCUCAUAAAAAAAAAAUGUUCACAAAUAUCCCAGAUUACCCAGAGUUCAGUUUUCCCAGACAUGGUACUCUUUGAAAAUGAAUUUGCACAACUCCUACAUUUCUCAACCGAUUCGAACCGUUCCACCGUCCACACUCUCCACUUACCUUGGACAAUCAAACUAACAUUUUACAAAAUUAAAAAAUUCCAGGAAUUCCGAGAAUUCCCUGUUUUCCAAAGCCCUCGUUCUCUUUUCACUGUCCACAUUCUUCAACCGUUGUUGACCGUUCUACCAUCAGAACAUUCCUCUUAGUUGGGACAACAAAAGUUAUCAUUUUUCUUCUCGUACAAAUUCCCGAUUUUCCAGGAAUUCCAAAGCUCUUCGUGAGCUCAUGAAAAAAAAAAUGUUCACAAAUAUCCCAGAUUACCCAGAGUUCAGUUUUCCCAGACAUGGUACUCUUUGAAAAUGAAUUUGCACAACUCCUACAUUUCUCAACCGAUUCGAACCGUUCCACCGUCCACACAAUCCACUUACCUUGGACAAUCAAACUAACAUUUUACAAAAUUAAAAAAUUCCAGGAAUUCCGAGAAUUCCCUGUUUUCCAAAGCCCUCGUUCUCUUUUCACUGUCCACAUUCUUCAACCGUUGUUGACCGUUCUACCAUCAGAACAUUCCUCUUAGUUGGGACAACAAAAGUUAUCAUUUUUCUUCUCGUACAAAUUCCCGAUUUUCCAGGAAUUCCGAAGCUCUUCGUGAGCUCAUGAAAAAAAAAAUGUUCACAAAUAUCCCAGAUUACCCAGAGUUCAGUUUUCCCAGACAUGGUACUCUUUGAAAAUGAAUUUGCACAACUCCUACAUUUCUCAACCGAUUCGACCCGUUCCACCGUCCACACAAUCCACUUACCUUGGACAAUCAAACUAACAUUUUACAAAAUUAAAAAAUUCCAGGAAUUCCGAGAAUUCCCUGUUUUCCAAAGCCCUCGUUCUCUUUUCACUGUCCACAUUCUUCAACCGUUGUUGACCGUUCUACCAUCAGAACAUUCCUCUUAGUUGGGACAACAAAAGUUAUCAUUUUUCUUCUCGUACAAAUUCCCGAUUUUCCAGGAAUUCCGAAGCUCUUCGUGAGCUCACGAAAAAAAAUUUUUUCACAAAUAUCCCAGAUUACCCAGAGUUCAGUUUUCCCAGACAUGGUACUCUUUGAAAAUGAAUUUGCACAACCCCUACAUUUCUCAACCGAUUCGACCCGUUCCACCGUCCACACUCUCCACUUACCUUGGACAAUCAAACUAACGUUUUACCAAAUAAAAUAAAAAAAAUCCAGGAAUUCCUAGAAUUCCCCGUUUUUCAAAGCCCUAUUUUACCUCGUUCUCUUUUCACUGUCCAGAUUCUUCAACCGUUGUUGACCGUUCUACCAUCAGAACAUUCCUCUUAGUUGGGACAACAAAAGUUAUCAUUUUUCUUCUCGUACAAAUUCCCGAUUUUCCAGGAAUUCCGAAGCUCUUCGUGAGCUCAUGAAGAAAAAAAAUUUCACAAAUAUCCCAGAUUACCCAAAGUUCAGUUUUCCCAGACAUGGUACUCUUAGAAAAUGAAUUUGCACAACUCCUACAUUUCUCAACCGAUUCAAACCGUUCCACCGUCCACACUCUCCACUUACCUUGGACAAUCAAACUAACAUUUUACAAAAUUAAAAAAUUCCAGGAAUUCCGAGAAUUCCCUGUUUUCCAAAGCCCUCGUUCUCUUUUCACUGUCCACAUUCUUCAACCGUUUUUUGAGCCAUUCCACCCUCAGAACAUUCCUCUUAGUUGAGACAACAGAAGUUAUAAUUUUUCCCGAUUUUCCAGGAAUUCCAAAAUACCCAUUCAAUACCCAUUCAAACUGUUACUACAUCAACAUUUUUCAACCGAUUCCAAAAAUUCCAACACCAACCCAUUCAUAUCAUCUAGGACAAUUGUGCCAGUGUCAAUAUUUUCAAAAAUUCCCAGUUUUCCUGAAAUGUCCUAAUGUCCAGAGAAUUACCAUGUAUUCAUAGUUCUACAAUACCCUAAAUUCUCAAAAAAUUUCCCAUUUUUUAAGCCCGAUUCCGACCUUUUAAACAUCCUCCACACUCUUCCGAUAUAUCAAACGUAAAACGUUUUCCUAUCCCAAAAUUCCCAGAAUUUCUGGUCAUUUUUGUUUGGCUCGACUGGGAUUCGUGAGUUCAUGAAAAAAAUGUGUUUCACAAAUAUCCCAGAUUACCCAGAGUUCCCAGUUUUCCGAGACAUGUUUCCCUUAGAAAAUAAAUUUGCACAACUCCUACAUUUCUCAACCGAUUCGAACCGUUCCACCGUCCACACUCUCCACUCACAUUGGACAAUCAAACUAACGUUUUACCAGAUAAAAAUAAAAAAAUUCCAGGAAUUCCGAGAAUUCCCCGUUUUCCAAAGCCCUAUUUUACCUCGUUCUCUUUUCACUGUCCAUUCUUCAACCAUUUUUGACCGUUCUACCAUCAGAACAUUCCUCUUAGUUGGGACAACAAAAGUUAUAAUUUUUCCAGAUUUUCCAGGAAUUC